UUUAGGUAAUCGCUGGGCUUAUGUAGCCGCAUGUCCCGCAGAGGCUCGGCCGUGUUUCUCCUCUCUGACGGUUGGAGGAACCGCGGUCGAUCGAACCGCAGGGUUGUUUUUCGCGCAUCUGCCACCGCGGAGGACGCGCCGCUCAUUCCACAGCCUUCAGGACCCUUCAGAGCCAGUGAGUGAUGGGAACCAGGAGGGUGCUGGUAACAGGGUGCUCCUCUGGCAUUGGCCUGGCUGUGGCUGUGCGUUUGGCCCAGGAUGAGCUGAAACGAUUCAAAGUGGUGGCCACAAUGAGAGAUCUUGGCAAACGCGGCGCACUGGAGAAAGCAGCAGGUGCUUCCUUGAACAAGACUCUGGAAAUCAAACAAUUAGACGCGUGUUGUGAAGACUCCAUCAAAGAGUGCGUUAACAGCCUGGAGGGGAGGAGGGUGGAUGUUCUUGUGAGCAAUGCAGGCGUCGGCAUGAUCGGACCCCUCGAGUGCCAAAGCGUUGCUGCCAUGAAGGAGCUGUUCGACACGAACUUCUUCGGCCUGGCGCGGCUGGUGAAGGAGGUGCUGCCCGACAUGAAACGGCAGCAGAGCGGCCACAUUGUGGCGAUGAGCAGCGUCAUGGGGAUACAGGGAAUUAUGUUCAACGAUGUCUACGCUGCCUCCAAAUUUGCGGUGGAAGGAUUCUGUGAAAGUCUGGCCGUGCAAGCGUUGAAGUUUAACAUCAAGAUCACUUUAGUGGAACCUGGGCCUGUGGUGACAGAGUUUGAAAGGAAACUGUAUGAAGAUGCUGAGAAGAUGGACGUGUCAGGAGCAGAUGAGGAGACGGUCAAAAUAUUCCGUGAGGUUUAUCUGCCAUACUCAAACAAGAUCUUCACCUCACUAGGCCAGACACCAGAGGACGUUGCCAAGCAAACUGUGGAAGUGAUCACAGCUGAGGAGCCCCCUCUGCGCCACCAGACCAACCGCCUGUACAUACCCAUGACUGCACUGAAGCAGGCGGACCCGACCGGUCGACUGCCUCUGGACACAUUUUAUAAGAUGACCUUCAAACACGACAGCGUGUUCAACGCCACGCUUGGUGUGCUGCGCAUCCUGCAGAGGCUGGGGAGAAUAUAAACAAUACGUAGACUGUAGAUGUUCUCUGUAGUUGCUCUUUUUUAGUGAAAUGUCUGUGAGACUAAAUGGUGACGGAUGUCUUUAUGAAUAGAAAUAAAAAUAAUUUCAUAUAUACA